GCGAGAAACCAACUUGAGAAAGAACCCUAAACCCCCUCAGCCCCGGCCCACCCGAACCGGCGAGGAAGGCAGCCCGCAACACCACCAGCCAUGUGGCGCCGCGCCUCCCACCUCCUCCUCCGCACCACUGCCGCCGCCGCCACCCGGCGCCUCCCGCACCCGCAUCCGCUUCCGGCCCCACCCCGGCCGCUCCCCCUCGCGCCGCCACGGGUCGCCUCCGCGUCCUCCUCCUACGCCACCCAGGCAGCGGCGGCCGCGGCUGCGUCGGCGCCCGCGCCGAGGCCCCUGCGGACGGUGGGGUCCCUGCUGCGGCUCAAUGACCUGCGGGACAACCCGGGCGCGCGGAAGCAGAAGACGCGUAAGGGACGCGGGAUCGGCUCCGGCAAGGGCAAGACUGCCGGCCGCGGGCACAAGGGACAGAAGGCGCGCGGCACCGCCAGGUUCGGCUUCGAGGGCGGUCAGACCCCGCUUCGCCGCCGCCUGCCCCGACGUGGAUUCAAGAACCGCUUCUCCCUCACAUUCCAGCCCUGUGGACUGGGGAAAAUCGCAAAGCUCAUCAAUGCUGGAAAAAUCGAUUCCUCUGAACUGAUCACGAUGAAGACACUGAAGGAAACAGGUGCCAUUGGAAAGCAAAUAAAAGAUGGUAUCCGUUUAAUGGGCCGUGGAGCAGAAGAAAUCAAAUGGCCUAUUCACCUUGAGGUAUCAAGGACGACUGCUAGGGCAAAAGCUGCAGUUGAAGCUGCUGGUGGAACAGUAAGAUUAGUGUAUUACAACAAGCUUGGAUUCCGGGCGCUCCUGAAGCCUGAGUGGUUUGAGAAGAAGGGCCGCCUUCUGCCAAAGGCGGCACGGCCUCCACCCAAGCAGCAAGACAAGGUUGAUAGCAUUGGCCGCCUGCCUGCACCAACAAAGCCACUUCCCUUCACGCCAGAGGAGCUGGAGUUUGCAGCGAAGCGGGAUGCUGCUCGUGUGACUGUGACUGCAUAAGACGGGAGCACGUUGGAGGCACCUUUUCAGUUCUACACAACAAAGAAAACAGGCCCCACUGAAUGUGCAUCACAUUAUCUUUUAGCAGGGCAUGUAUAAGAAUGGACUUCUAUAUCUUUCUUUUUUCCCCGCAAGGGAUGGACUGUUAUAAAUUGAAAAGAUUCCAUUCCCUGUGGAAUGAGGGCCCUUGCCUGUAGUCUCUGUCUGAACUUAGAAUUUUCGUUUGUACUGAUGAAUGCGGUGCCGUCUUUCUGAAUACACACAUGUCUGGUGUUAACAUACA